AAUGCUUUGGAAGGAAUUGUUGGAGGGAAAACAGAGGAGCGAAAGGAAGAAGGAGGAAGAAGAAGAAGAAGAAGAAGGAGAAGAGAUGCCGGUGGCGAAGCCUGUAUCAUCAGAUGGAAGGGUCAUUGCCCACAUCGACAUGGACUGCUUCUACGUUCAAGUGGAACAGCGCAAGCAUCCGGAGCUCAGGGGCUUACCCACGGCCGUCGUGCAGUACAAUUCUUGGAAAGGCGGGGCCUUGAUCGCCGUUGGUUACGAAGCCCGUGCAUUGGGUAUCAAGCGCUCGAUGCGAGGAGAAGAAGCCAAAGCAGUUUGUCCGCAAAUUCAUCUGGUCCAGGUACCAGUUGCCCGCGGUAAAGCUGACUUGAAUUCUUAUCGGGAAGCGGGAUCGGAGGUGGUUUCCAUUCUUGCUAGGAUGGGUCGAUGCGAACGAGCUUCAAUUGAUGAGGUUUAUCUUGACCUUACCGAUGCAGCCGAAACUAUGCUAUCAGAAACCCCUCCAGAGAGCUUGGAAAUAAUUGAUGACGAAGCACUGAAAUCGCAUAUUUUGGGCCUUAAGCAUGAGGAUGGAAGUGACAUGAAGGAAAAUGUGAAGGGGUGGCUACGUCGGAGUGAUGCUGAUCAUCGAGAAAAGUUAUUGGCUUGUGGGGUCCUCAUUGUUGCGGAUCUCAGAAUGCAAGUUUUACAGGAAACUCAGUUCACAUGUUCAGCGGGAAUUUCUCACAACAAGAUGCUAUCCAAGCUUGCUAGUGCCAUGAACAAGCCUGCACAACAAACUGUCGUGCCCUGCUCAUCAGUUCAAGGAUUGCUCGAGUCAUUGCCAAUCAAGAAAAUGAAACAACUUGGAGGAAAGCUAGGGAGUUCCUUGCAAAGUGACUUGGAGGUGAAUUUUGUUGGCGAUCUAUUGCAAUUUUCAGAGCAAAAGCUACAAGAAUGUUAUGGCAUAAACACUGGCACCUGGCUGUGGAAUAUCGCAAGGGGAAUUAGUGGUGAAGAAGUUGAAGGGCGCCUUCUUACCAAGAGUCAUGGCUCUGGGAAGACAUUUCCUGGUCCUCGAGCUUUGAAGACGCUUCAUUCUGUGCAACACUGGCUUAAUCAACUCUGUGAGGAGCUGAGCGAACGUCUUCAAACUGAUUUGGAUCAGAAUAGACGGAUUGCCCACACACUGACUCUUCAUGCUAGAGCAUACAUGUCCAGUGACUCAGAUUCACAUAAGAAGUUCCCUUCUAAAUCUUGUCCCUUAAGAUACGGGACUACCAAGAUGCAAGAAGACGCAAUGAACCUCUUUCAAGCUGGAUUACGUGAAUAUUUGGGUCCCUUCGAGGUUAAGAUGCAAGGAAAUAAAAAAAUUGGAUGGGGAAUCACAGGACUUUCUGUAUCAGCAGGCAAAAUAUCUGAUAUACCAUCUGGAACAUCUUCAAUCAUGAGAUAUUUCCAAGGUCACGAUCGACUUUGCUCUCCGUCAAAGCUAGCAAAAGAAAAGUUUGAGCUAGAAGAUCCCUGUUCAUUUUCUGAGAAUGAAAGCAAUUCGACUUUGGAUAUAAUCGAACACACGAAACUACCAGAGGAGGAAGCCACUGUCAAUAAUGAAUCCUCAGAUUUGGAGUCAAUGGAACAUAAAACGAGUACAAAUUCACUAGAGGUUCCAUUUUACUCUUCAAUGUCUUCAUUGAAAAAAGCAGAUUUCAGCCAGGAAACUCCAUUGUCAUUUUCAGGAAGAGAAUCCCAUCUAGAACCAAAGCUGACUGAGCUGCAAAGUAAAGUUUCCAGCAAAGAAUCUACGUUUGAGCCUGGAAGACCUGCUUCAGAGCAACAAGUGAAAAGAAAUGCACUGAGAGACAAGGGAACGCCUUCACUCCUGAGAUUUUUCAGGAGGGUUGAUCCUUCUUGCUCAAUCCAGAGUCAAGUCCUUGCCCAAUCUUCUGACGAUACCAAUAUACGUUCCUCUUUAGAAAAAAACAAUUCUAUUCAUGGGGAUAGCUUGAGUGAAGAUGUACAAAGAAGGGAGAUGUGGCGAUACAAUGUUGAUGAGAUUGAUCCCUCUGUUAUUGACGAGCUGCCUUCAGAAAUCCAAGAAGAAGUCCGUGCCUGGCUUCGUCCUCAGAAGCGGCAAGCUAACUCAGCUAGACGGAGUGUUGGCAUUGCCGACUAUUUUUCUCGAAAUAAGAAGUUGUAACCUCUGAAGAAAUGUCUUGUACAUAGUGUAGCAUAUGCUGAUUUUUAUUCAUUACCUCUUCCGUGUACAUUCUAUAAUUACAUUCUCUUCGAGUCUUUCUGUAAAUGCACUAGCAUUCAAUUA